AGGGGGAGAUAUUUUCGGAAUAAAACUGAGAAAAUUAAAUAGAAACAACGAGAAAUGCACCAUAAUACUGCUUUGACACACUAACAUUAGAGCCGCACACGUGGUACUGUCAGUGGAUAUUGACUAAUGGCGAGAGAAGCAGGUUUAAUCUCUCUCUUCCUCCUGGCCCUGGUGCUCCGUGCUCAGGCCCUCACACCCUCCCACCACCUGUCCAGUGCAGAUGUAACCAGACUGAAAGCCUUCCUGAACCAGCCUCUGGAAGACUUGGAGUCUGCCUAUUACACCAUUGUGGGGCUGAGCAAGCUGGGGGCCCGAGUGUCUGACGAGAAGGCUGCCUGCCAGUUCCUGAAAUCCCAUCACGACCCCACCAGUAUUGAUUCCCUGUUCUUCGCUGCAGAGGCGAGCCAGGCCCUUUCAGACUGUGAGAUCCCCGUCUCCAAUGAGACCCGUGACCUGCUCCUGGCCGUGGUGAGCGAGGACUCAUCUGUGUCUCAGAUCCACCAUGCUGUUGGAGCGCUCGGCUCCCUCGGGCUUCCACUCGCUUCCCAGGAGGUGGUGAGCGCUCUGGCUGCCCGCAUCACCAAGGAGGACAACGUCAUGGCGAUUAUCGUUGCGUUGCAGACUGCGUCCCGGCUCUCCCAGCAGGCUGAUCUCAGCAGGAUUCUCGAGGAGAUUGAGGACCUGGCUGCCCGGCUGGACGAUCUGGGUGGAGUUUACCUCCAGUUCGAGGAAGGGCUGGAGGCCACUGCCCUGUUUGUCACCGCGGCGUACGGACUGUCAGACCAUGUGGGCAUGGAGCCACCCCUGAAAGAGGACCAAGUUGUGCAGCUAGUGAACUCUGUGUUCAGUAAGAAGGCUUGGACCUCCCUGGCGGAGGCGUUCAGCGUAGCCAGUGCUGCCGCCGCGCUCUCAGACAACCGCUUCCACAUCCCAGUGAUCGUGGGGACACAGGGCCCGGCCACCGUCUCACACAGACAGCCCACCCUAAAGAUCCAGGUGACCAACGUGCUGUCCAGGCCCCUUCCCUCUGCCAGUGUGGUGGUCGAAUCGGCCCGCUCAGUCUCCUCCAAGAACGUGGUCCUGAAGCAGGCUUCCUUCACACUCCGAGAAGAGGUUUUUGAGCUGAACUUCCUCGACAGCAAGCCAGCAAGUGGCUACUAUGACUUCGCAGUGGCAGUGGCUGGAGACACUCGCUUCGUUGGGAGCAGUGUGGAGCUCAAAGUAAAGGUUUCCACUGAGGUUGGCAUCACUAAUGUGGAUCUGUCUAUAGUGGACAAGGACCAAAGUAUUGGACCAAAAAGCACCAAAGUGGAAUACCCCUCGAAGGCAAAGAGCCCCUUGAUCGCAGACAGCCACCAGAACUUGGCUUUGUCCUUCCAGCUGGUGGAUGAGAACACCGGGGUGGAGCUCACCCCUCACCAGACCUUUGUGCGCCUGUAUAAUCAAAAGACGGACCAGGAGGUGGUGUUUGUUGCUGAGCCCGACAGUAAAAACGUGUACAGGUUUGAGCUGGAUACUGCAGAGAGGAAAUCUGAGUUUAAUUCAAUGUCUGGCACGUAUGCACUACACCUCAUCAUCGGGGAUGCCACGCUGGAGAAUCCCAUCCUCUGGAACAUGGCUGAUAUUGUGCUGAAGUUCCCAGAUGAAGAUGCUCCCUCAGUGGUGCAGUCCAAGAACCUCUAUGUUGCCAAACCAGAGAUCCAGCAUCUGUUCAGAGAACCUGAGAAGAAGCCAGCGACUGUGGUUUCCAAUGCAUUCACAGCUCUGGUACUGGCUCCAUUCCUGCUGCUGAUCAUCCUGUGGUAUAAACUUGGUGCCAACAUUUCAAACUUCAGCAUUACCCCAAGCGCUCUCCUGUUCCACCUGGGACACGCUGCCAUGCUGGGGCUCAUGUAUGUGUACUGGACGCACCUGAACAUGUUUCAGACGCUCAAGUACCUGGCCAUUGUGGGCAGCCUCACUUUCUUAGCAGGAAACCGCAUGUUAGCCCAGAAAGCAGUCAAGAGGAUCUCUGCAGAGCAGAGUAGUAGAUUGGCAAAGUAUAGGAGCCUGCGGUAGAGAGCUGUUUUCUAAUUCUUAAACACAAAACCUUCCUGUCUCAAGAUCGGAAGCCAGUAAAAAAAAUUCUACAAAAACAAUGGAAGACUCCUGAAGAUUUUUUUAUUUAAAAACAAAAAAAAACAAAAACAAAAACAAAAACAAUGUCUUGGGUUUGGGUUGCAAUGUUACCUGGUUUUGUACAGAAUUAAUUUGAACGGCUGUUUUUGUUAAGCCCUGCAGUGCGUGUUUUCAGUGCUCGCUGGUGUCCCAGAGGAAUAAUUUAAUACAGAAAAUACAGUUCUUCAAUAAGUUACGUUAUUUGUUGGCUUUUGAUCAAAAUGUCACAAAGCUUUAAGCAAUAUUUGAUGUACCUUUUAUGAGUUUAUCUAUAAUUAUUAAUUAGAUAACCAACAUGAUUGACAUAUGCAAGUACUGUUUGAGAAGUCAUUGGAACAGUUAGUGUGUGUUUUCUUUCAAAUGCAUUGCUUGAAUCAAUUGGUGUUACACGUUUUAACCCUUUACCACCACCUCCAUUUCCAAUAUGCUUCUGUGAAUCUAGAAGAGUUUCCUUUUCUGUUUCAAACCACUGUAACAAACUUGCAUCGUCCUUCGAAAAUAAUUGAUAA